GGCUCGGGGCUCAGAGGGACUCGGGGCGUCGGGCGAGAUGGCGGCGCGCAGCCUGGGCCGCGGCGUCGGGCGGCUCCUGGGCGGCCUGCGCGGGCGCUCGGGGCAGCUGGUGCGGCCGCCGCGCGGGGGGAGUGUCCCGCGCCGGGCGGCCUCGGGGCUGUGGGACAGCGCCCCCGCGGCCGCCGCCGCCCUCGCCGCGCAGCCCGGCUCCUACCAGGCGCUGAGCGCGCAGGCCGCCCGGGAGCCGGCCGCCUUCUGGGGGCCGCUGGCGCGCGACACGCUAGUGUGGGACACCCCCUACCACACGGUCUGGGACUGCGACUUCAGCAGCGGCAAGAUCGGCUGGUUCCUGGGAGGCCGGUUAAAUGUGUCUGUCAACUGCCUGGAUCAGCAUGUUCAGAAGUCCCCGGAGAGCGUCGCUUUGAUCUGGGAGCGAGACGAGCCUGGAACUGAAGUGAGGAUCACCUACAGGGAACUGCUGGAGACCACAUGCCGCCUGGCCAACACGCUGAAGAGGCAUGGAGUCUGUCGAGGGGACCGUGUGGCCAUUUAUAUGCCUGUGUCCCCACUAGCUGUGGCUGCAAUGCUGGCCUGUGCCAGGAUCGGAGCCGUCCACACAGUUGUCUUUGCUGGCUUCAGUGCGGAGUCCUUGGCUGGGAGAAUCAAUGAUGCCAAGUGCAAGGUGGUUAUCACCUUCAACCAGGGGAUCCGGGGAGGACGAGUGGUAGAGCUGAAGAAGAUAGUGGAUGAAGCUGUGAAGUACUGCCCAACUGUCCAGCACGUCCUGGUGGCUCACAGGACGGAAAACAAGGUCCACAUGGGCGACCUGGACAUCCCUCUCGAGCAGGAAAUGGCCAAGGAGGACGCUGUGUGCACCCCAGAGAGCAUGGGCAGCGAGGACAUGCUCUUCAUGCUAUACACCUCUGGGAGCACCGGGAUGCCCAAGGGACUUGUCCACACCCAGGCAGGCUACCUGCUGUAUGCCGCGCUGACACACAGGCUUGUGUUUGAUUACCGGCCAGGCGACAUCUUUGGCUGUGUGGCCGACAUCGGCUGGAUCACAGGACACAGCUACGUAGUGUACGGGCCCCUCUGCAAUGGAGCGACCAGCGUCCUUUUUGAGAGCACCCCGGUUUACCCUGAUGCUGGUCGGUAUUGGGAGACAGUACAGAGGUUAAAGAUCAAUCAGUUCUACGGUGCCCCAACGGCUGUCCGGCUGUUGCUGAAGUACGGCGAUGCCUGGGUGCGGAAGUACGACCGCUCCUCCCUGCGGACCCUGGGGUCAGUGGGAGAGCCAAUCAACCUCGAGGCCUGGGAGUGGCUCCACAAUGUGGUGGGGGACAGCAGAUGUACGCUGGUGGACACCUGGUGGCAGACAGAAACGGGUGGCAUCUGCAUAGCACCACGGCCCUCAGAAGAAGGAGCAGAAAUCCUCCCCGGCAUGGCAAUGAGGCCUUUUUUUGGCAUCAUCCCGGUUCUCAUGGAUGAGCAGGGGAACGUCGUGGAGGGCGGCGAUGUCUCAGGGGCUCUGUGCCUCUCCCAGGCCUGGCCGGGCAUGGCCAGGACCAUCUACGGAGACCACCAGAGAUUCCUGGACACCUACUUCAAGGCUUAUCCAGGCUACUACUUUACUGGAGAUGGGGCUCACCGAACCGAGGGCGGCUAUUACCAGAUCACAGGGCGGAUGGACGAUGUCAUCAACAUCAGUGGCCACCGGCUGGGCACCGCGGAGAUCGAGGAUGCGAUGGCUAACCACCCCGCAGUGCCAGAGACCGCUGUCAUUGGCUACCCCCACGACAUCAAAGGAGAAGCCGCAUUUGCCUUCAUCGUGUUGAGAGACAACGCAGGUGACUCUGACGUGGUGGUGAAUGAGCUCCGGUUAGCAGUGGCUACCAAGAUUGCCAAGUAUGCCGUGCCUGAUGAGAUCCUGGUAGUAAAACGUCUUCCAAAAACUCGGUCUGGAAAAGUAAUGCGGCGGCUCCUGAAGAAGAUAAUCACGGGCGGUGCUCAGGAUCUGGGGGACAUCACCACCCUGGAGGAUCCCAGUGUCAUCAGAGAAAUACUGAGUGCCUACCAGAAGUACAAAGACAAGAGGGCUGCUGCUCAUUGAUGCGCUCUUUGACCAAGACCCAGUGCCCAAGCCCCAACUGUCCUAGAACAGAGCUCUUAAGCUGGCUUAUUCCUAGACAUCCCAGAAGCAGUCCUCCCCCAGCACGUAAUCCACACUGUCCCUAAGGUAAAGUCUGUGCUAAAAUUCCUUCCUUCUGUUGGAGAACCCAUGAAGAGGUACCAUUAGACAUGGUUAGUAUUUGUUCCACUAUCCUGAAUUUGGUUUCGUCGAAUGAAAAGUCAUUGUCAGCCGUUUCUGUGUCCUCUCCAGACAACACAGGAAGAUGAAACACCUGGUAAAGUGAGCCUGCUCAGAUGACUGAGAAUUAGAGGCAACCAUGUUUUCCCAAAUGUUUCUAGAUACAAAAGGCAGAGGUUUUAUUUUUAUACUUUUAUAUUUUUGAAUAAUAACGUACACACACACAAGUAAUGAGUGGCUUUACUUGUACACAUUCUUUUUAACAUUUAGAAAUAUGAAAAUCACCUUUUUUGCCUCUGCUCAUGGGGAGAUGUGGAGAGGAUCAGAAGUUGCACUUUUAAUUAUUGUUUGGCAUAUUUGGAAGUCUGAAUUGGAAAUAUUUGUACCUCUGUCUAAGCACAGCUAUCUUGAGAACUUUCAAGCCUGCAGCAUCCUUUUUUGGUGUACAUUUCUCUUUGCCUUGGUUUGUGUAUAUUGAAACUAACUCCUAAAAGUGAUGGCAUGAAUGUGCCCACCUCUUAGUUCUCAUGCUACUCCAGUUGUGUGCUCUGUUUCUCAAGCUGUGAUCUGGAAAGACUCCCCUCCCCACCUUGGAUGCCUUUUGGUAAGAGGUCAACAUGCUCCAAACAUGUGGAGUCGUUCAGGGAAGCCAAUGAAAACUCAGGUGACUUGUUAGAGCACUAAUUUGGCUAGAACUGGGUCCCUUUAAACUCUGCCUAUCCUUCAUUCUGUGGUUGGGGUGGUAAGAACCACUGAGACUUGGAGCUCUGAAUCAAGUCUCUCUCUCUCUUUUUAAGGUGACUUAAGUACUCUGAACAUUAGCAAGAUGAUGUGAUCAUUAGGUUACAAAGUGCUUAUUUAUUAGACAAGUAUACAAGGACGGAUGGCAUGGAGCACAGGUGAAGGUAGCCUGCUGAGCUGGGUCCUUGAGGACAGAGAAAGAUUGUCUUUAUCUUUAUGCCACAGUAUAUGGUGCCUUGCAGCUGUGUAGGUGUUCAAGGGGUGGCUGGGGUACUGAACACCUACUGUGGACGGUAGCUGUGCUGGCCUCUCAGCGAGUAGGUGAGUACGCCCAUGACACCCAACGGGGUGGCCCUGCUGAAGCACGCAGAUACACUGAGUGAUCAUCUGUUACAGCACUGAGUAACAGAGAACCAUGCACCUGGACCUGUCACGUCUGUGCUGGACCUGGAGGACUGUAGUUAUGGCGCUAUUUAUGAAAUGACUUAGAUAUAAACUCGGACAGUGACCAGAGCCUCAGAAUAAUCUGCAGGGAAGUUCAAAUAAAGCUUUAUUUUGUUCAUUCUC